UAGGGUGCAGGUGGAGGAGAGCCUGGAGAGGUGGAGGUAUGCACUGGAGAGAAGAGGAAUGAAAGUCAGUAGGAGCAAGACGGAAUACCUAUGCGUGAAUGAGAGGGAGGACAGUGGAAUGAUUCUUGCCUCGAGCAUACAAGAAGUUUGUCAGCUGUAGUUUCCAGGCCAGGACCAUGAGUAACCCAUUCCAGUACCUAGUCGAGCCCCUGGACCCUAAGGACCCAGACCACCACUUUUACAAUCUUUCAAAACUUGGGGAUCCUAGAUAUGACCGUUUACCCUUCUCUAUUCGUGUGCUGCUGGAGUCUGCUGUCAGAAAUUGCGAUGAGUUCCUAGUGAAGCGAGAAGAUGUGGAGAACAUCCUCAACUGGAAGCAGACUCAGACCCAGACUGUGGAGGUACCUUUCAGACCUGCUCGUGUGAUCCUGCAGGACUUCACUGGUGUGCCUGCUGUGGUGGACUUUGCCGCCAUGCGGGAUGCGGUUAUGCAACUCGGUGGCGACCCAGAGAAGAUUAAUCCUGUUUGCCCGGCGGAUCUUGUCAUUGAUCAUUCCAUCCAAGUGGACUUCAACAGGAAGUCUGAUAGCUUGCAGAGAAACCAGGACUUGGAAUUUGACAGAAACAAAGAGAGAUUUCAAUUUCUAAAGUGGGGUUCUAAAGCAUUCCGGAAUAUGCGAAUCAUUCCCCCUGGUUCAGGGAUCGUUCACCAGGUCAACCUGGAGUAUCUGGCCAGGGUAGUGUUUAAUCAGGAUGGCUACUUCUAUCCCGACAGCCUGGUGGGCACUGACUCCCACACCACCAUGAUUGAUGGCCUGGGAGUACUAGGUUGGGGUGUGGGUGGGAUUGAAGCGGAGGCCGUCAUGCUCGGCCAGCCAAUAAGCAUGGUGCUCCCUGAGGUGGUCGGAUACAAGCUUUACGGCACCCCAGACAAACUCAUCACGUCCACAGACAUCGUCCUCACUGUCACAAAGCACCUGCGUCAGGUUGGUGUCGUAGGGAAAUUUGUGGAGUUUUUCGGCCCCGGGGUUGCUCAGCUGUCCAUUGCUGACAGAGCCACCAUCGCCAACAUGUGUCCUGAGUAUGGGGCAACAGCAGCUUUCUUCCCUGUAGACGACGUCAGUGUUCAGUAUCUGGAACAGACCGGACGAGAAGCAGAUAACCUGGACUACAUUCAGAAGUACCUGAAAGCGGUUUCCAUGUUCAGAGACUACAAUGAUGUGUCUCAGGAUCCAGAUUUCACACAGGUGGUGGAGCUGGAUCUUGGUACAGUUGUUCCUUGCUGCAGCGGUCCUAAAAGACCCCAGGACAGAAUUCCUGUUUCUGAAAUGAAAAGCGACUUUGAAGCCUGCCUCUCGGCGAAGCAAGGCUUCAAGGGUUUCCAGGUGACCCCUGAGCGACUCAACACCGAGGUCCCGUUCCAGUACAACGGAGCAGAGUAUAAUCUGUGUCAUGGGUCUGUGGUUAUUGCAGCCAUUACGAGUUGCACCAACACCAGCAACCCUUCAGUCAUGCUUGGAGCCGGGCUUCUUGCGAAAAAGGCAAUAGAAUGUGGCCUGAGCGUGAAGCCGUACAUAAAGACCAGCUUAUCGCCGGGCAGUGGCGUGGUCACCUACUACUUGAAGGAAAGCGGUGUUAUGGAUUACCUCUCUCAGCUCGGCUUUGAGGUGGUGGGUUAUGGCUGCAUGACCUGUAUAGGAAACAGUGGACCACUCCCAGAGCCCGUGGUGGAGGCCAUUACUCAGGGGGAUUUGGUCGCCGCAGGCAUCUUGUCGGGAAACCGCAAUUUCGAGGGCCGUGUCCACCCUAACACGAGAGCCAACUACCUGGCUUCACCGCUGCUUGUCAUCGCCUACGCGAUUGCAGGCACUGUGAAGAUUGACUUUGAGAGAGAGCCAAUUGCCAUUAAUUCUGAGGGAAGAGAGGUUUUCCUGAGAGACAUCUGGCCUACACGGGCAGAGAUCCAGGCUGUGGAGAGAGAGUUUGUCAUCCCGUCAAUGUUCAAAGAAGUCUAUGAGAAAAUUGAGAAAGUCAAUGAACGCUGGAAUUCACUUGAAGCUUCCUCUGAUAAGCUCUACUCCUGGGACCCCAACUCAACCUACAUCAAGUCCCCACCUUUUUUUGACGGCUUGACCAGGGAGCUGCAUCUACCCACGUCCAUCGUGGAUGCCUACGUGUUACUGAACCUGGGGGACUCCGUUACUACAGACCACAUCUCUCCAGCGGGGAACAUCGCUCGCAACAGCUCUGCCGCACGCUACCUGGCACAACGCGGAUUGAACCCACGCGACUUCAACUCGUACGGCUCCCGCAGAGGUAAUGAUGCCGUGAUGGCCAGGGGCACGUUCGCCAACAUCCGCCUGUUUAACAAGUUCCUCAACAAACAAGCACCACGCACUCUUUACCUGCCCAGUGAUGAAACGCUGGAUGUGUUUGAUGCAGCGGCACGAUACCAGCAGGCUGGUUAUCCCCUCCUCAUUUUAGCCGGCAAGGAGUACGGCUCCGGCAGCUCCAGAGACUGGGCUGCAAAAGGCCCAUUCCUCCUGGGCAUCAAGGCAGUCCUAGCAGAGAGCUAUGAACGGAUCCAUCGCAGUAAUCUGGUGGGAAUGGGUGUGAUCCCGUUGGAGUACCUACCAGGGGAUACUGCUGACAGCCUAGGCUUGACCGGCCGAGAGCGGUAUAGUGUUGUCAUCCCUGAGCAGCUCGCUCCCAGGAUGAAGGUCACGGUAAAGCUGGACACUGGCAAAACGUUCCAGGUGCAGAUGAGAUUCGACACGGAUGUGGAAUUGGCGUAUUUCCAUCACGGCGGCAUCCUCAACUACAUGAUCCGCAAGAUGUCUGAGUAGCAGAAGUAUCCAAACGACUGCCCUGCUGAACAUGCACAUCUGUCAACGGAGAGCAACACUUUUUUUGUCGCUCCGGCAUGUCGCCUACAGUUUCCAGGGUCAGCGUCCUGUUUGAUGGACACUGGCAAAUCGAACAAUACCGUCCAAGAAUAGUUCCACCAUUUUAAAUGGUCUGUGUUGGGAAUCACAGCUGCCAGCUGGCCUGUCAUACAGUCCGGAAUAUCACCAAGUUUUCCAUUUUCACUUCAAUAAAGCUGAUGUUUGUUUGAGGAUGAGCGGCACAAAAAUAAAGGUCUCUAAAUUAGAAA